CACGCCGGAUGUUGGGAUGCCAACUUACAGGCGGCGGCGGCGGCGCGCGUGUUGCGUUACUCGAAUACGAACGACUCGAGGUGGCCAACGUGGACUUGCCGCUGUUGUCACGCUAAAGCAGAAAUAGCGAGCUCCGAGGGGAGUCCUUGCGUUCGCUUAAACAGUGCGUCAAUUCGCCGCGGGGACCAUGGUUCUUCUGGAGAACGACGUGUUUCUGAACGAGCUCACCAGGCUGUUCCAAAAGUGCCGGACGUCUGGCAGUGUCUACAUGACCAUGAAGAAAUGUGAGUGGCUUUGUGAUCUCCUUUGAAGUCCAAAAUCAACGUGGCAAUGGAGUUUGGGGCGCUGUCGGCCACCUUUGUUGGGAUUUCACUCGGGUUGACAGCAUUUGCACGUCAGCCACACUUUGCAUCACGAGUCCCAGUACUGGCAACUGAUGACGGCAGGACCAAGCCCAUUCCCAAAAAGGGCACAGUCGAUUCUGUACAAGAACCGGCAGAAAACAAGUGUCUCCUUCGAGCAUCGGAUGGAAAGAAGAAAAUCAGCACAGUGAUAAGCUCAAAAGAAGUCAACAAAUUCCAAAUGGCAUACUCCAGUCUUCUCCGUGCCAACAUGGAUGGACUCAAGAAGAAAGACAAAAAGAACAAAACCAAAAAGACGAAGGCAACUUAGUUAUAUAAGUUUACAAACUCGACUGUAUCCAAACACUUAUUUGCUUGUUUUCAAAUCGGUUAAAGCUUUUGUUGGUGUCAAUACAGUUUGAAGCUGUUUUAUGCUCAACUUAACGUUUUCCAUUAAUCCCAUGCAUUGUAUACAUACAAACCUUUUGUUGGCAAACUUUUCCAUCUUACCUCUGCUCUAUACUUUCAUUUUAAAGUAGAGGUCUGAAUUGGAAAUGUGCCCCCCUCUGAUGCAUCCAUUGUAUUAAUUUUGCGUAUACUAUUAAUUUAACAUUUUAAAAGCAAUUUUAAGUUUAAAAUUCUGUCUGGUUGUAUAAAGUAAUUAUCACAUGUACUGUCAUUUGUAUUUGUUUUCCUUGCCCCAUGUUCACAAAUACAUUAUAAUCAAAAGUAGUACUUCGUGAAUUGUGUUUUUAUUCAUGGUGCUCAAAAUUACACCUGAUAUUGCCAAGAGGCUAUUUAUAGAACCCAGAACUUUUGACACCAAUCUUCAAUUAUUUGCACCCACUCAUCGCAGAUAAGCACUCGAGUAAUGUAUUAAAGAGUAAAAUAAGGUCAACUUAUAAAGGCUAUUGCGGGAAGGCAACAUUUUGGGGUUGUGUUUUGAGAGCCUGGUAAACUUGUGCAUUUGUUGUAUUUUGGAGACGAGAUGCAAAAGGGAGAGUUUCUGGACAACAUGGACGUGGCUUGGUUCACACAAAGUGUAGCUGUAUUACAAAACACGGUAUUGGAAGAGGAUCGAGAUGAAAAACGUUUUCUUUCAUUUGGGGAUGAAUGGAAACAAGAUUAAUGAAUCAACUAGAUUAACAUCACAAAUACGACCUUCGGUAGCUGUAACUUAUUUCAGUAUGAAGACCCUAUGCAAGGAUGAAUUUCAUUGAACCGACGUCAAAGUACAUUCCUUGCGCUAAAUGUCAUCACAUGUUUACAGACCAGUACUACUUGAAUAAAAUUGUCAGAAGCUGUUCUAAACAUGUCUUUCAGUUGUUGUAUCAGCAUUGUCCCAAUAACAGAAAAGGGGAAUCAAUAUUUGCUGACAAAAAAUCAAACCGGAAGGUGGAUGUUUUAAUUCCUCUUUGUUAUCUGGCAAAACCAUGCUGCUCCUGGAAUGAGGAUAUCCACGCCCUCUGGUGGUUACAAAUUCAAGUUCCAACAACACGGCCCUCUGCAGUAUAGUAUCGUCUUUUAUAUGUGUUAAUAUAUUCGUAUUGGUCUUAUAUCAAUAACUUUCACAACCCUGUUUUGCCCCUUAUUUGUGACGGGUAUUCAGUGACAUUUGAAGGGUUUUCUUGUGUGCCAAAAUUACCUUAUAAUGGGCUUGAGCAUGAUCACAAUUCGAUUUAACGUUGAAAGACAGGCUGGGAGACCCAGAUAAUUUCAUGUUCUCUACAUGGCAGGGUAAUUGCAGCAAUUAGCUAUUGCUUGGUUAUAUGCCUUGUAUAAGCGAAUGUCUAAAAGAACAAAUGAUAAAUGUUUUCAAGGGGAUUGUUUUCUAUUUUAAGAGCAAGCUCUGUGCUUCAAGUACUUCAGGCGGUCAUGACUGCAUUUACGUAUAGCUUGUGUUAGAGGGUUUGGAAUCAUUUUUGUUGUCUGAGCUGUGGGACGUUGAAAGUAGAGAACACUAGCAGCCAAAUGUGCCUGGUCAUGUAGCAUAUUACAUAUUUACUACUUUCAUUUUAGCAGGUAAGGCCCACUGAACUGUUAAAGCUCUUUUUCAAAAGUGACCUGGCCACACAUGAUAGCUCAACGAAGUGACAUAUGGAAAUUUAUACUCUAAACGCACGUUUAGAAUGUCUCUGCAGGUCUCGAAUAUUACUGUUUGACGUAUUUGCUCCAACCGUGAUCUCACUGGGUUAAAAAAGGUUUAAUAAAAUGAACAAAAUUGUCGUCUUUUGUCUCGUGCCUCUCACUCUGUGCCAAGGUGAGACAACGGAGGUAAAUGUGUUUUCAUUAGAAUAAAAUGUGUAAGACCUUGAGUCGCUUUCCCUGAAAGUAUGCAUCUGUUCAAACAAAGCAGCUUGAGAUUUCACUUGAAUGAAAUAUUGUAAUAUUGCAACAGCCUCAAUGAUAAGGACACCGUUAUUAAUGCAUUGGUAUUGGUUGUUAUCGCUGUAUACAAUCCCAGUCUUACUCGAAAAGCCCGUUUAUGAAUUUUGUCUAGAUAUUAUGUUAAUCGCUAUAGCUUAUUGAACUUGUUAUUGCUUAAGUGAGGUUAAACUCAUUAAAUAUAUCCUUUAUAGUCUUGACACUGUGAUAAGGCAUGACAAGUUAAUAUGCGUGCCUCUGGCAGACACUUAAAAUCAUAUUGUGUCGUACAGAAAUUGGUACUUCCAUAAGUGGCAGUGUGCACCCAUUCAAAGGUUAAUGCGUGACAAGGUUGGAAUACAGCGCUGCAAUGGAAAAAUGUAAGUCUGCAUUGCAAACUGCCAUGCUACAACUUUCAAUCUUUAUACAAAACACAUUUAAAAAUUUGAUUUUAUAAAUUUCAAUUACAAGUGA